AUGAGUUUUUUUCACCCAAACAACUACUCAUCUGUGGAUCUCAACCCGAAUUAGUGUUAACUCACAGAUUGUAUUGGUUCGGAUGAAGUUUUUUAUUAACGCGAUCGUUGAUCUAAUCUGCAAUGUAACUAGUUCUAAGGUAAGUUGUACAUGUGUUGGAAUUUUAGAUUUCCUAGAAAUUGUUUGUAAGUCCCGUUUAGCUAUAUUUCAUUAAUGAAAUCCUUUUUCUUCUAAAAAAUAAAUAAAUAAAUAAUAAAAUAAAAAAGGGUAAAACCUACCACAUACUUGAACUUGAAAUGACUAACAAAUACGUAGUAUAAAAUUUGAUUUUGGAGGUUAACUAUCUAUAUUUGCCAACCCUUGGACAUACUACAAGUAGUCAAGUACUCUGUACUCAGUAGUUCAAAUUAGAACUGAUAACUUCUCAUAUUAUUACUAAUUUCAUGUUCAAACUUUUCCAGAAAUUGUCCUCAAUCAACCCGACCAGCUAGUGAUAAUGAGGUAUAUGAAGCCACUGACCUUGUUUCAAGAAUUAGCAAAGACAAAGAAUGCACUCGAACGAGGUCGGUUUUUGGGAUUGGACGUUGGUGAUAAGUAUGUUGGACUUGCUGUUUCAGACCCAGAUAACAAAAUUGCUAAACCUUUAAGUGUUUUACUCAGAAAGAAAUUUAAUAUUGAUAUGAUGGCGGCUGAUUUCACAAGUUUGAUUUCAGAGUUUUCCCUAUCAGGCUUUGUUGUUGGCUGCCCUUUUGAUAGACAGCGGCCAAGUCCAGAUGGUGCACAAGUGAAAAUUUUCGUAGAUGAUCUGUGCAAAACUAGGAAACUAGAAGGUGUGAAAUAUACAUAUUGGAAUGAGUGCUAUACAUCAAAGAACGUCGACUUACUAUUGCAGCCAUUAACAUUACAUCCAGUGGAACUGAAAACUAUGCUUGACAAAUUUGCCGCUGUGGGAAUUUUGCAGGGGUACCUGGACUAUGUCAACCGGUGUGGACUGAAUCCUGAUGUAGAAGAUCAUUCUACCGCUGUAUGCUGAUAUGCUCUCAAACUGCUCUACGUUUGCAUUAGGAUGUUUCAUGUUAAGCUCUUGGACUUCUCACUGCAUGUGUUUAAAUUCUAUGAGCAUCUUUACUCCAAUGAUCUUAAGCCUAACAUUGCUAUGCUGCAUAUGGCCAUUUUCUGUACAGCAAUACAAUUGUAAUGUUAAGUGCUUUCUUUUAACUUGUCAAUGAUACAUCUGCCUCAGGCCUCGAUGGUUAAAAUCUUA